UUUGGUGAUAAAUUUUUUGAUAUUUUGAGACAUGGAUAAUAAGGAAUCUAGUCAAAAAAUAAGUUCAGAGUCUGAAACCUCUGAUGAAGAAGAAAUCUCUGGUGACUAUGGUAAUGAGAAUGAAGAUGAAAACGUAUUACUAAUAAACACUAAUGUCCCACAUGGUGUUUAUGAUGUAAUAAGUUUUAGUAGAGAAAGUUAUAGUGAAAGACAUGGGGGCAUUUUUUCUUCUAUUUUUACAUUAAUUUCAACUAUGAUUGGAGGUGGACUGUUGUCUUUACCGUAUGCAUUUCAGCAAGGUGGUUUUAUUGUUGCGACAUGUGUUUUGUUGUUUGUGUUAAUUUCGUCAACUUAUUCAGCAUUUCUGAUUAUAAACAGUAAAAAGUAUUGCUUUGGAAGGGUUAAAAACAUAGAAGAUGUGGCAAAGGUUGCUUUUGGAAGAUUUGGAGAGGUUGCUGUGCAAACACUUUUAUUUCUCGUUUUAUACUUAUGCUCAGUAGCAUAUUUUAUUUUAAUGACAGAUCAGAUUGAACCACUAAUUCAAUUGAUAGUUGGAAAUAAAAGUUUGUGGACUAAAAAACUUGUUUUGUUAUCUAUCUGUGCAGCUAUUGUAUUUCCUAUUUCACUGUUUAAAAAUCUAUCUGCAUUGAAAUAUACUUCUAUGCUGAGUGUAAUUUGUGGUUUGCUAAUAUGUGUAUCUGUUACAUAUCGAUCAUUAUCUGAAGGUAUUGGUGGUGCUUUUAACAAUGUUAAUAACCCAAUAAAACUGACACCAAAAUCAUUUCGAGAAUUUUUUACAUGCAUUUCAAUAUCAGAGCUUACAUUUUCAUGUCAUUUCAAUAUUCUUCCCAUGCACAGCGAACUUCGUCAUCAAACAAGAAGAAACAAACGAUUGAUUUUGUUUAUAUCUAUGGGUCUGACAUAUCUUGUUAAUUUUUUAGUCAGUUUUUUUGCCUAUUUUCAGUUUCGCAAGUCAACAGAACAAGAUUUUACCAAGAAUUAUCCACAUAAUGAUAAUAUCAUAAAUGUUGGUCGAGUUGCGUUAUGUCUUGUACUUUUAUUAGGCUACCCACUAUUAAUUGUACCUUGUCGUCUGACAUUAAAUAAGAUUAUUUGGCAUGGAAAUCUUUCUGCAUCAAGAUUUAUUUUUAUUAUUUCAAAUGAAAGAUUAAGUGGUCCAAAUAAAGUUGUAUGGUUCUUGGAAACAGUUUUGAUUGUUGGAACUAGUUACAUUCUUGCUUAUUUUGUUCCUCAGGUAAACAUGAUAUGGGGCUUUGUUGGUUCAGUCGGAUGUACAACACUCAUAUAUAUAAUUCCUCCUGCAUUUUAUCUUCGAAUACGUAAACAUCCUGAACAACCUGAUUUUAAAAAAGUUUCGGCUUUCUUAUUACUUGUGUUUGGAGUAAUAUUGCUUGGUAUUGGUCUUUAUCAAUCAUUUAUGAAUGUAUUUGUACCAGUUAAAUAAUAGAUUUUAGCGAUAAUUUAACAUUUAAUUUCGAAUUUACGUAAAUAUAUAUAUAUUUUUGUAUUUUUGAAGAUAGUUAGUGACUAUAUUUUUUUC